AUGGAGCAUGUUAAUCAUAAUGAGUGCGAGAGUGACGAUUCAAACAUGAGUGUAGAAUAUUUAGAUGAAAAUUUAGAAUUUGAUGACAUUGAAAAAUACGAAAAUAGCGCUCCAAAUGCAAAUAAUUAUCCAAAUCAAAAUACAGAAUCUCAAGGUAUUGUGUCAACUCUCACGAAUAAUGAUUUGCUUUCUUUAGCUAAAAUGGUAUCAAGAGUUUCAGAAUCUUAUAAGUCAAAAUCAAAUCAAUCAGUAAACGAAGAACAAAGUUCUAACAAUCCUUCAACAUCCUACAAGUUACCACAAGUUUCCCUGAAACAAACUGUAGAAUUGAUUCCAGAAUUCGAUGGGGAAUCCAGUGCCCUUCAAACAUUUAUUUCAGAAUGCCAACAAGCAUUCGACAACACAAGACCCGAAAAUCAACCAAUUCUUUUAAAAUACAUAAAACGAAAACUCAAAGGAAAAGCUCAAGAAUUUAUGGCACACUCUUCAGCCAUAAGUUUAAAGCAGUUCCUUUCAGAAUUAGAAAAAGGUUUUUCAAUUGCCGAUGAUUAUUCUACCAUUUUUGUUGAUGUUGCCAAUUUACGGCAAAGCGAUGACGAAUCUAUGAUUUCUUACGUGGCCAAGGCCCGAAAACUCCUUUUUAAAUUAACAGAAUUAGCUCGCAAAGAUUACCCUACUCUAAAUAACAAUGUAAAAAUAUUGGAGCAUGACCAAUAUGUGACAAAGUCUUUUUGUGGAGGACUUCUCCCACAAAUCGAAAUUCGUGUUAAUUUGCGUUAUCCAACUAGCCUUCAACAAGCAGCUGAAUUUGCUUUACAGGCUGAACACCAUUUAAAUAAAUUUGGUAAACGCUCAGCUGAUUCUCAGCAGCAGUGUGCGAACGGUUCCAAGAAAGAUGAACCUGAAGCUAAAAAAGUAAAACAAGUUAAUAACAUUGAUAAAAAAGGUAAAAAUUUAACGUGUUAUGUUUGUGGAAAAAAAGGACACAUUUCAAGGAACUGUUGGCAUCGUGCUAGCUCUGAGUCAGACGAUAGCAACAAAAAUGACGAGAAUAAUGACAGACAGAAAGACAACAAUAACAAAGACAACAGACAAACUGACAAUAAAGAAAAAAAUAAUAAAGACAAACAUAAUAACCAUUCUAAUAAAGGUAAUGGAAAACGGAAUAGAGAUAAAUGUAACUAUUGUAAUAAAAUUGGACACACUCAACAAUUUUGCAUUCAAAGACGUGUUGAUGAAUUAGAAAAGAAUCGAUCUGUAUGUCCACUUUCCAAAAACUUAUUGACAGAGUAUUAUCCGGAUUCCAAAAUAUAG